GAAGAGAGAAAGAGACAGAGAGAGAGAGAGAGAGAGAGAGAGGAGUGCCGUAUGACCGUAUCUCUUCCUCGCUGUUCAUCAGGAAAACGCACGAGAAUAAAGAUGAUAAAACAAUAAACAAAAAUAAUUUCGCUUCAAUUCAGCCUUUGCCCUGCUGGUGCUCUUCUUCGACCUCAAAUCUCUCUCACUCUCUUCUAUUUUCCCUCUCUCUCCUCUCUCUCUCUCUAGACCUGAACGAUAGCUCUCUGCUGCUUACAGGUGAAGUUGGAGGAGUGUGGUGGGAGUUGUGGAGUGGGAGAUGGCUGGUAUUUCACGUGAGGAUUCGGGUGUUGGAAGUUCUACAGAAGGAUUUUCGAGCGGGCAGCAGCUGUGUGAAUCUGGGGAAGCAUUAGCAGAAUGGCGGUCUUCCGAGCAGCUUGAAAAUGGAACCCCAUCAACUUCUCCCCCUUACUGGGACACUGAUGACGACGACGACUUUGGACCAAAACCUUGCGAGUUAUAUGGGAAGUAUACAUGGAAGAUAGACAAAUUUUCACAGAUUAACAAGAGAGAACUUCGCAGUAAUGCAUUUGAGGUUGGCGGCUACAAUUGGUAUAUUCUAAUUUAUCCUCAAGGAUGUGAUGUCUGCAAUCAUCUAUCUUUGUUUCUCUGUGUGGCUAAUCACGACAAACUUCUUCCAGGAUGGAGUCAUUUUGCACAGUUCACAAUUGCAGUGGUGAAUAAAGAUCCGAAGAAAUCCAAAUAUUCUGAUACAUUGCAUCGAUUCUGGAAGAAAGAGCAUGAUUGGGGUUGGAAAAAGUUUAUGGAGUUGUCUAAAGUGUUGGAUGGGUUUAUUGAUGCUGAUACUCUGAUUAUUAAAGCUCAAGUCCAAGUUAUCAGGGAGAGAGUAGAUCGUCCCUUUCGCUGCCUUGAUUGUCAGUAUAGGAGAGAACUUGUUCGCGUAUAUUUGACAAAUGUAGAGCAAAUUUGUCGCCGUUUUGUGGAAGAUAGAAGAAGCAAGCUUGGGAAAUUGAUUGAAGAUAAAGCUAGAUGGUCAAGCUUUUGUGCUUUUUGGUUGGGGAUUGACCAAAAUGCUAGGCGCCGUAUGUCCAGAGAGAAAACAGAUUCGAUUUUGAGAGUUGUUGUAAAACAUUUCUUUAUUGAAAAGGAAGUCACAUCUACCUUGGUAAUGGAUUCCUUGUACAGUGGACUGAAAGCCCUUGAAGGCCUGGCCAAGAGCAAGAAUGGUAGGGGAAAAUCGGAGGACGCUGAAGAUUCUCCAAUUCCAAUUGUUCGUAUAGAUAAGGAUAUGUUUAUUUUGGUGGAUGAUGUAUUACUGCUACUUGAGAGAGCUGCCUUGGAACCCUUGCCUCCAAAGGAUGAUAAGGGUCCCCAGAACCGAAUGAAGGAUGGUGGUUCUGGAGAGGACAUGAGUAAGGAUUCCAUUGAGCGUGAUGAAAGGCGUCUUACUGAACUAGGUCGUAGGACUAUUGAGAUUUUUGUCCUAGCCCAUGUAUUCAGCAGUAAAAUUGAAGUUGCAUACCAGGAGGCUGUUGCUUUGAAGAGGCAAGAGGAGCUCAUCCGUGAAGAGGCUGCUUGGCUGGCCGAAACUGAGCAGAAAGCAAAACGGGGUGCAGCUGAAAAGGAAAAGAAGUCAAAGAAAAAGCAGGGGAAACAAAAACGAAAUAACCGCAAGGGGAAAGAUAAAGGAAGGGAUGAGAUGCUUGAUGUGCCGCUACAAGAUAGUCCUGCUGAUGAAGUUAAAGAUUUCAGGACUGAUGUGGUGGAACCUGUGCCUCAAAACCCUGACACACUGGAAGAUGUUUCUGAUGUGUCUGAUUCAGUAGAUUUUGUUCCCGAAAUGCUCCAGCCUGAUUCUGAAGACAGAGAUGCUAGUCCUGCCAACUGGGAUACAGACACAUCAGAAAUUCAUCCUGCGACAGAGGCAAGUGGCAGUGGAGUAAGUGGCCUUUCAUCCGUACAAAAUGGAACAAGAGAUGGAAACAGCACAUCUGCAGUGGAUGAUAGCUCAUCAACAUGUUCCACUGACUCGGUUCCCUCAGUGGUAACAAACGGGCCUUACAAGGGGAGUUUGCAUCCCAACCGUAAAAGCCAAAAAUCACCAAGCAGAGGGAGGAACCAGCGAGGUAAGGAGACUACUGAUGCAACUGAUGGGGUGAAAGAAGCCCAUAGCCGCCCAUCGGAACCUACGAAGGCGGCAACGAGGCCAAAUGAUCCAUCCGGAAGUUGCAAGGCUGAGUCCGAGGUUGUUGUACACUCCUUGCAGGAUCGUAUAAAGGAGCUUGAGAAACACAUGGUGAAGAAGGAAGAAGAAGUAGUUUCUCUGCGAAGAGAAUUGAGCACCAAGGACCAGGUUGAUACAGUGAGGCCUCCCAAAGAGAAGGCAACAACAGUGCCUGCCUCCACCACCAUUCCUCCCAAAAAUCUCCCAUCGGCUAUGCAGGCAAAAUCAGCUUCAAAAAAUGUCGCAGCCAUCAAUCCUGUUUCCCUUAGGAGCCCAUCUUCAGACACCCCCCAACCAACAGCCCCACUUGUAAAUUCAGCUCCGAAGUUUACCGAAAAGCCCUCGGUUCAACAAAUGCCGGUCACAUCAAGGCCCUUGAGCGCUCCAAUUAACUCCAGACCUAGGCCAACUGCUCCUGUUGCUUCCACGGUUCAAACACCACCAUUGCUAGCACGUUCAGUGAGCGAAGCUGGGCGGUUGGGUCCUGACCCGUCACCCGCAACUCGUAAUUCUGUUCCUCAGUCAUAUCGAAAUGCCAUAAUGGGAACUUCCAUUACCUCAAGUUCAACUGGUUUCACUCAACCUCACUCUCCAAGAUCUGCGAUUAACCCAUCACAGUUGUACUCACAGCUGCCCGGCUUGACAUCUUCACCCAUGUUCUUACCACGGAGCUCUGAUCGGAUGGAACCGAACUCAGUGAAACCAAGCAUUUCGUUUGGAAUGCUCAAUCUUGAUGUGUUUCAGAAUGGACGACCACAGUGGGUGGAUUGCCCUGAAAGGAGCAGCAGCACAAGAAGCAUGCACUAUGAUGACCCUUCUUCCUCCCAGCAAAAUGACGUUCAUAACCCUGGUUUCUACAAGCCUGUUGUACACCGAAGACUGCAGGAUAAUAUCUCUACUGACUCUACUCCUGCUUGUACAUCCGGGCGCCAGACCAACCACGGUGCCUUCACUGAUGAGUUUCCUCACCUUGACAUUAUCAAUGACCUCCUUGACGAUGAACACAGUAUCGCUAAGCAAACUAGGGCCAGCACGAGCUUUCAAAGUUUCAGCAACGGCCCCCACCAUCUGAAUCGGCAGUUCUCUUUCCCCUUGGACCCCGGCAUGUCGAGCAACAUGGGCCCAUCGACUUCUUGCAGGUUUGAGCGAGCACGGAGUUACCACGACGGCAGGUUGCAACGUGGCUAUGGCUCUUUAAGUGGAGCCCAUUUCGAUGCGUUACUACCGGAUAUGAUUCCCCAAGCUAAUCCAGGGCCAUUUCUGAAUGAACAUGUCGAUGGGUUUCUUCCGACCCAGUGGCAAAUGGGUGGGUCUGAUUACUCGUAUCUUGGCAUGGGGAACGCAGAGGGGGAUGGUUACCCUUAUCAUGUCCCAGACUAUUCGAACUUGGUUUGCGGUGUUAAUGGUUAUACUGUAUUCCGACCAUCGAAUGGGCAUUGAGAAGGAACGCCGACGGAGAUUGUGCCUUUAAAUUUGUGGGGAUAUGGUCCUUGGGAAUAAUGUAUUUUGAGGAUAAAAGUGUUGAUGGUUGAUGUUUAGAUUUGGAGUGAGGUUGUAACCACCCCUUGGUAAGGAAAAAGGUUUCUGCUUCCUUAGUUUUCAGCAUUAGCUUUUUACAGUAGAGGCGGCUUUGAUUUUGCUCAAUAGAAAUAACUUCUCUGCAUCCCA